AUGUCUGGGGUUAGUAACAAGUUGGGGCGUUCUGAUGAUUAUGGAUUCAUUGAUCCCCAAUCAAUUCAUGAAUCCAAUGAUUUUGAGCAGAUCAACAUGAAUCUGAUAAAAAGUUUUGCAAGGGGCAAGAAAAUAUACUUGUUGCCUUAUAUAUCCGGGCGCCAUUGGCAACUUCUUGUUAUGUCUAUGCCAGACAACUAUGCUUUGUGGUUCUGUUCAUUGCACAGGCCUCCUCCCACACAACUCAGACAAGCAAUUGAUUGUUCUAUUCCAACAAGUAUGAUGAUGGGUGACGCUGAGGGGCCCUGUUUUGCCCUUAAUGAUGGAAAGUACUGGAAUGAUAUGGGAAUGACAUCAUCAUCUUCAAGGAGAGUGAAGACCAUGGGGAACAAGAGAAAGGAGCUAGAGAGGCCAAGGAAAUUUUAUUCUCAUAGGUUCCUCUCUAGGAAACAUGAGGAACAUUUCUAG